AUGGGGGGAGGAACAUUUGUGGAUGGAGUUAGAAGGUGGUUUUCUCGGAAAGGCUCUUCUUAUCAUUCUUCUUCCUCAGUGACCACCACCACCACCACCUCUACUAGUAGUGACAAACCAGAUACGUUCACGAUCGAGGAAGACUUUGAUUUUUCUGGGCUCAAGGCUAUUAAGGUUCCCAAGCGUGUUAAUUUCCCUUUUGGGUCUUCUUCCUCAUCCUCAAUGGAUCAUCAUAAGAAGUUAGAAACGGAAUUUUUUACUGAAUAUGGAGAAGCAAGUAGAUAUCAAGUUCAAGAAGUUGUUGGAAAAGGUAGUUAUGGUGUUGUGGGCUCUGCCAUUGAUACUCAUACUGGAGAAAAAGUUGCAAUAAAGAAGAUCAAUGAUGUAUUUGAGCACGUAUCUGAUGCUACCAGGAUUCUAAGAGAAAUAAAGCUUCUCCGGCUGCUGCGCCAUCCAGACAUUGUAGAGAUAAAGCACAUUAUGCUGCCUCCCUCUCGCAGAGAGUUUAGAGAUAUUUAUGUUGUUUUUGAGUUGAUGGAAUCUGAUCUUCACCAAGUGAUUAAGGCAAAUGAUGAUCUUACACCUGAGCAUUACCAGUUUUUCUUAUAUCAGCUUCUUCGUGGGCUAAAGUAUAUUCACACUGCUAAUGUCUUUCAUCGAGAUUUAAAGCCAAAAAAUAUCCUUGCUAAUGCGGAUUGUAAACUGAAGAUUUGCGACUUUGGACUUGCUCGUGUAUCCUUCAAUGAUGCUCCAUCGGCUAUCUUCUGGACUGAUUAUGUUGCUACCCGGUGGUACAGAGCUCCGGAAUUGUGUGGCUCCUUCUUCUCUAAAUAUACCCCUGCAAUAGAUAUUUGGAGCAUUGGAUGCAUAUUUGCAGAAAUGCUUAGUGGAAAGCCUUUGUUUCCUGGUAAAAAUGUGGUGCAUCAGUUAGAUCUAAUGACAGACUUGCUUGGUACUCCUCCUCCUGAAUCAAUUGCCAGGAUCAGAAACGAAAAGGCUAGAAGAUAUCUGAGUAGCAUGCGUAAAAAGCAGCCAGUUCCAUUUACUCAAAAGUUUCCCCAUGUAGAUCCUUUGGCUCUUAGCUUGUUGGAGCGUUUACUUGCCUUUGACCCUAAAGAACGGCCAACGGCUGAGGAGGCCUUGGCUGAUCCAUAUUUCCAUGGUUUAGCAAACGUGGACCGUGAACCAUCUACUCAACCUAUUUCUAAACUAGAAUUUGAAUUCGAGAGGAGGAAACUGGCAAAAGAUGAUGUGAGGGAGUUAAUUUAUAGAGAGAUUUUGGAAUACCAUCCCCAAAUGCUUCAAGAGUAUCUCCGAGGUGGAGAGCAGACUAGUGGGUUUAUGUAUCCAAGUGGCGUUGAUCGGUUCAAGAGACAGUUUGCCCACCUCGAGGAACAUUACGGUAAAGGUGAAAAGAGCACUCCACUCCAGAGGCAACAUGCUUCUUUACCUCGAGAGCGUGUUCCCGGGCCAAAAGAUGACAAACAAUCGGAGGAUAAUGAUUUUGAAAAGCGAUCAGCUGCUUCUGUUGCCACGACCCUUCAGAGUCCUCCCGGGCAGUCAGAUGGAUCAGAAAAGCCAAAUGGAAUUAUGCAAAAUGGACCGAGCAUUGGUGCUCGAAGCUUGUUAAAGAGUGCCAGCAUUAGUGCUUCUAAAUGUAUAGAAGUUAAAAGCAGGAAAGAUGUGGAGGGAGAUGCAAUAGUAGAGCAAGAGGAAGACAUCGAUGACUUGUCAGAGAAAGUUUAUCACCAUUAUGCAGAUGAACAUAAUCUCGAUUUUCCUCGAAGAUGGUUGAGGGUUUUUUUUGAUUCGGAAAGGCGGCAACUCAACAUGCAGGCACCUCCCUGCCGCCUCAAUCUUCGUCCUCCAGCUGCUUCUCUACUCCUUGGUCCGAGUAAGAGGUUGAACUCCGACAACCUUUUCACCAUCAAGGGAACACCAGGUUUGCCGCUUUGGCGGGCUUGCUUUCCUGCAAACCCCAGUUGCUGCGUUUACCUUGAGAAGGGUCGCAGUAGCUCCAAUUGGAGAUCUUUGUUGUGGAGCUCGUCUGGUUUGAGUUGUCGGACCACCUCUGUCCGGCGAGCUGUGGCUCCUCCAACUUCCUCUAGCGACAGUCAGCCUACAGAAAACUCUCUGCCCUGCAAAGACUUGCAGUUAGAGCCCUUGGAGGUGGACACACUCAAUGGAACAGCUUAUUUUUGGGCAUUGUUAAUCAUACAAGUUAUUUCCGGGACAUUGGUUGGGUUUGUUUGGUAUGUGGUUAAGAUUAUGACUGUGGGAAAAGGGGGAGCAGAACUCUGGUACUUGUGGAUGGUUAAUGAUGAACAGCUUUCAGAUUACGGACAAACUGCAUUUGCAGCCACACUUUUCGCUUCAAUGGGAUUUUUGCUUCUGGUUGGUUCGGCUAUUUGCGUAUGGUAUCUGGUGAAGAGAAUGCUGAGAUUUUUGCAGAAGAUCAAGCAGAGUUUCAACCCGCCGGCGGCAACCGAUUAUCGUCUCCAACGAAUUACUUCUGAAAUCUGGAAGUUGUUGAUCAAAGAUCUUGGGUGCAAUCACAAUAAACCCUUCUUCUUCUUUUUUCCCCUGUCUGAUCUGAUUGACAGAGGACUCGACAUGACUCCAUUGCCCUGCCGCCUCAAUCUCUGGAUGCUCUCUACCAAUCUUUUCUCUACUAGUAGAACUACCGGUUUGAUGCUUCGGCAAGCUUCCUCUUCUGGUACUGCAAAUCCCAGUUGCUGCCAUUGCAUUGAUAAGGAUCACAGUAGCUGGAAUUCUGUAUCUUUGCGGAGCCCAUCUUGUCUGAAUCCCUCCGUCCGGCGAGCUCCUCCUCCUAAUUCCUCUGCCGAUUGUCAGCCUCCUGUCGAUUCUCCGACCAUGACGUACAACAGUGGGGUGACGCCGGCCACCGGCCGAAAUUCACGCUUUUCCUUUCUACCGUUCCCAGCAGUCUUAUUGAAUGCGACUUUCACUGAAAAGGGGAACGUCAAGAUCACGGCUUCAUGA